AUGGCGCCAUCCAACAGACUCGUCAUACAGUCGUCAAACAGGAGACUUGGGGAAAACAUUACGAUUUUUGAGCAGGACGGCAUUGAGGUAUCCGGGGAAAGUAUAGGCAAACAGUGGUACGACGAAUGCCAAAACUACAACUUUGAUAAUCCCUGCUGGCAGAAAGGCACGUCAAACUUUACGCAGAUCGUCUGGCGGGGCAGCACGGAGGUGGGCGUUGCCAUGGUGAGAAUGAAGAGAAGCGACACGAAAGCCGUCGCCGUGGCAUUCUUUCGGCCGCCGGGAAACACUAACUUCCAUGGCAACUAUCGUGACAACGUCCUGCCACCGCAGCCGUGCGCCGAGCUAUAGCUAACUUAGCAAUCACGCCAAAGAUAGAGUAUACGAGACUAAGACUAGACUAAGACUAACGAAAAGACGUCGAGCAGCGACGCUGACGUUGCUGCCGCCGUCACAGACACUUGGAGCGUUUCAAUAAAAUAUAAUGCUAAAUAAAUACAAAAUCCAUUUACUACCAAAGU